UUUGGUAAAAAUCAUAUUUUUUUUUUUGUCAAAUUUGUUAUGGAAUUAAUUUGUGGUUACAUAAAAUUAUAUUCGUAUAAUAAAAUCGAUGUAAAUUUGAAGAUGUCAAUAGAAUAUAGUAGGAGUGUUCUAAAAAUGGUGGUUGCUCAAAUUUGUCAAACGAUUGGAUGGCAUUCAAUUAAUUCUACGCCAUUAGAAUUUAUGGUUGAUCUUAUGCAAGAAUACAUUUUACAAAUUUCAAGACUUACUCAUCAAUAUGCAGAAAUCUUGGGAAGAACAGAAGCAAAUCUUGAUGAUUUAGGUUUAGCAUUUCGACAUAUGAAUAUCGAUAUACAGGAGUUAACAGAAUAUAUAAAAAAUGUAGAUUCUGUCCCAUGUCCUGUAACAGUACCAAAAUUUCCAGUUCAACGUGAAAAUCAUUUAAAUUUUUUGAAACCUGGAAGCCGGGAAGUUGUAACAAGGCCCGUACAUGUACAUGAACAUUUACCAGCCAUGUUUCCUGAUACUGAAGAAGAAUAUAUAGCUGAGAAAGCAGAAAAUUUAUUAAAUGGAACAUCCGACUUAACAUUGAAUAAUGGAACAUCAAGUAACAGUUCUAUAAAUGUAUCUCCUCAUAGGAUGUCACCGCAAGUAGUAUUUAAGCGACCAGGAGAUCCUGUCUCAUUUGAAAGUCCUAUAACAAAGCGUGUAAAAGUACUAGAAGAAGGUAGACCAUUGCGCGAAAUUCAUAGUGUCAUGAUGACGACUUCAGGUUUUUUAUCGCCAGCUCGAGAAGGAAAACUACCUGAAGCAAGAACCCCACAUCAAACUUGUUCAGAUUCGCCACAACCUAGUUCUUAUCCUAUGGUACCUCCUGAACUAAAGUAUGAUAAAAAACCGAAAAAGAUUGUAAAGAAAGGAUUAGAAGAUUGUAAACUGGAUAAAGAAAAUAAGAAAAAGAAUCGCGCUAAGGAAUUAUUUAAACCAGAUAAGAUAGACGAUAAUAAAAUUAAAAAAUUGGCUGGUAUGAAAGAAUUAGCUAAAUUAAAACCUUUAAAGUCAGUAGGUGGGAAAUUACAAAGUACUAUGCCAAGCUCAUCAAGCAGACCAUCUACUCCUAAAUUAGUGUCACCUAAAACAGUUAUUAGCCCAAAAUUACAAAAAAGUACACAACCAAAGACAAAACCAGAAAAAUUAGUCGACGUUACUGGUAGAUCCCCACCAUCUAAUGAAAAAAAAGAAGAUACUAUUGAUAAACUUCCAUCAGAGCCAGAUAAGCAAAAAUUGAACAUUUUUAAAAAGAUUUCAAAACCACGAGAGGAUAAAGAAAAAGACAUAUCAGAACAACAUAAAUACAAAGAACUUGAUUCAAGAGAAAGUUCACCUGGUUUAGUUAUUGAUGAAAAUAUUGAUAAACAAGCAUUGCGUAAUGAUAGUGAUGUGAAACGAGAAGAAAAAAAGACUCCACAUACGCCAGACGUCCACCUUCAGCCAGAUGGAGGAGAAUUAAUUGGUUUACAAAGUCCAGGAUCAGAUGUUUAUAUGUUUGAUGAUAUGUCACCACCAGGAACUCCCAGUACACCAAGAACUCCGGAAUUAAACAUGCCCACAACACCUACAGAUCAUAAAAAGAAGAGAAAAGAAAAGAUUAAUAAAAAAAAGGAAUUAAAAUCAAGAAGCCCAAAACAUUGCGUUAGUCCAAAGAAGACAAAAAUUAUCAACGAUGCGCCAGAACAGGAUAUACUAGAUCGACCGAAAACACCACAGGCACCUGAACCUCAAAUUUCCAAAGAACCAAGUUUUCCGCCGACACUUCCAUUUCCUUUUUUCCCAACAUUUCCUCCAGCACCUGGUUUAAUACCUCAUCCAAUGUUUCCUAGAUUUCCAUUACCUAUAGGAAGAGGUAGUAGUGGCGCUCAUCCGGCAAUGUCAAAUUUACCAUUACCACCUCGCUUUUUAAAUUUACCACCAAAAUCUGAAGAUUUCUCCACUUUACAAAGAACCAAAUCUCUCGAUCGUGAAAAGCUUCCUUCAACACCUUCCUCUACUGAAGCAACGCCUUCAAUGACAAAGCACGAAAAACCGGAGAGAGAAAAAGGAGAUAAAUCAAAGGCGGUUAAACAGGACAAAGAGAUACCUCCACCAGUUCCUACAAGUACCGUUGCACCGCCUUUAUCAUCUGCACUUGCAGCACCAAAUAUAUACCCUAAACCAGUACCUAUUGUGCCGUUAUUAUCUUCAAAAAGUCCCAAAAUUGAAAAACAGGAUAAAAAUGAUAAGAAAUCAAAGGAACAUAAGAAAGAAAAAAAAGAUAAAUUAAAGAAGAAGAAAGAUAAGAAAGAAAAGCACAAAGAGAAAGGAGAGAAAAUAAAAGAAAAAAAGGAUAAAAUGGAUAAAAAGGAAAAGGUUGAUAAAAUCAAAGAAAAGAAAGAAAAGAAAGAUAAGCGAAAAGAGAAAGAGAAAGAAGAUAAAGGUUCAGAAGCUGUACCAAAAAUAACACUAAAAUUAGGUACAGCUUCUCCAAGACCUCCAACGCCUGAUGCUGCUCCAAUGAAGAAAAUGGAAAUAUGUUAUAGAACUAUAAAGACAUUGCUGAAGAAGCCUGAGGAUGAGACGAGACGAGAACCAAGUCCCGAGUUGGCGAAAAUAUCAGCAUUAGUAACGCGACCGCCAAAGCAAAAGUCGGCAAGUAAGAAAACAGAGGAGGGAACGUUAGAUGGAAGCCCUGCUCUUCCUACAGAUACUUUCUCUGCCAAUCUUACUAGUGUGCCACUUGCAACAGUUCCUCGAGCAAAGAAAUCUCUCUUCAAAGCCUUACCUCAAAGAGAGACUCCUCCAUCUCAAUUUGAUCCUGCUCCUAAGCUCCCACCUCCUCUGACGCAACAACAACCACCACCGUAUUAUUUUGAUCAAGGUGGUCAUAAAGUUUGGUUCUGUCCUGCAUGUGGUAAUCAAGAUGAUGGAUCACCUAUGGUUGGUUGUGAUGAUUGUGAUGCAUGGUAUCAUUGGGUAUGUGUUGGUAUGCAAGUACCACCAGCUGACAAUGAGGAUUGGUACUGUCGCACCUGUAUAGCCAAAAAACAAGAACUUCAUCAUGAUAAAAAGAAGAAAAAGAGGAAGAAAAAAGUGAAAGUUGCUGCCUAGUACAAGUUACCCGGGUCUUGUAUAAGAUCCGGUAUAGGGAUUCAAACUACUACCAAAGUUAAAAAAGACAGCAAGCUUGGUGUAAAGAGUAUAAAAAGCAAAAAAUUAUCAAAAGCAGAAGUGAAGUUACAAAUGAAAUCAUUAAAAGAAAAAUCUCUACCAAUCAAGGGAAAGUCUGGGAAGACUAUCAUGAAGGUUAAGACUGUAAAGAAACAGAGUAAAAAGAUGAAAGAUAGUGCAAUCCAGUUGACUUAAAAAAUGUUAUUUUUUGUGAUCAUUAAUAUAAAUUUAUGGUUUAAUCUUAACACGUUGAUAGCUAAUUGAAAAACUGACAAGAUCAUAUAAUAUUAAUUUUUUGCAACAAUUAUAUUCUUUUUAUGAUGAAAGAAAUAUAAAAUAUUUAUAUUACACUAGUAGAAUAUACAAUGUAAUAGAUGUACAGCUACAAUUAAUUUGAUACAAUUUCAAAAUGAUACAGAUUAUAGAAUAAUAAUUCAAUUUUUGAACAAGUUUAAACUUCUAGUAAAAUAAAUUUUCACUCAGUUUAUUUUUGAACCUAUUUGUUGAACUCCAAAAUAAUUAAUAAGUGAUAUUUUCAAUACGUUUCAUAUAAAUAAUUGAAAUUAUGUUAGAUAUAUUUUCUUGUGAUCAAUAUGUUUAAGUUUGUUCAGAUUUCUUUUGAUCUUUUUAUUUCAGGAAAAGAUACAAAAUUUAGAUAUUAUUACAAAUAUUGAUUAUAAUUCAUUUAUAUCUAUAUUAAUUCAAUUAAUCAUUUAAGAAAAAUAACUGAACUUAAUAAAUGUCUAAGCAAAAUAUGUUACAGACGGACUUCAUUUUAUAUUUUCUUUUUUUUUCAUAUAUUAAAUUAUUAAUAUAGAAACUAAUUUUUAGCAAAAAUAUUCUUAAUGAUAUCUUUGAUCUUAUAUAGUUUGAUAUUGAUUAUGGUUUUCAUAGUAGUCCAUCUGUUAUUUAAACAAUUAGAUAAAUGACGUUUCCACUUUUUGAAUUCCGUAUAUUUUUAUGUACAAUAUACAAAAUUGUUAUGUACAGAAUGAGUUAAUUAAAUCAUAUUAUAUCAAUGAGAUGUUUAAUUUUCUAUUAUAGCUCUUUACAAGAAUUAUUUGUAUAUUUAUAUCAUUUUUACAAAUUUCCUGAAAAUUUAGAAAAAAGAAUAUGUUUCGUCUCAAGCACUAAAAUUAUAAACUUAAUAGCAUGAAAAAUUAAUAUGAAAAUAGUAAAAAUACAAAUAACAUAUUACAAAAAUACAAAUAAUAGAUAACAUAUUUUAUGUAUAGCAAUCAACGUGUUAAAACUGAUAAUGUAACAUUUAAAAAUUAGUCGCGAAGAUUCUAUUUUGUUUUAUUAAAGCAGGAAGGUCUGCAUAAUGUAUUGUGUACAUUUUUUCACCUAUACAUAUUUACUGAAUUCAGAUCAUCCCAUAACUAUGAACCACAAUAACUGUAAUUGUAAAAGAAUUUGCUAAUUGUUUUGCACUUAUAAUAUUAACCCUUACAACUCUGACUAUUUUUACAACUUGUCUUUUGCUUUGUAAAUAAGAAAUUUUAUGUGUUUAUUGUUUCUAAAUAAUUGUGAAACUUAUGAUGCAUGGUGUACAAUAUAAAAUAUAUUUUUUAUAGAAAUAAAUGUCAUUGCUUACCACAUUGAUACCUACAUGGAUAGAUUUACUCAUUUUAUAGACUGAUAAAAAUCACUAAAACGAGUAAAUCUAUCUAUUCAGUUGACAAUAAAAAUAUUGAUAAAUAUAUAUGUAUCAUACAAUUUAAUUUCUAUCACUUAUAACGAUUAUUUGCAUUAGAAUUUAAUUAUUAUACAUAAAGAUGGUAUUACAAAAUAUAAUUGCAUGGUUGGGUCUCAAUGUGAUAAGAACAAAAACUUAGUCAAAUAAAAUAUUACGAUUUAAGUAUUAUAUUCAUUAUUUAUUGUUCCAAGUGUAUAUGACUAAGUUAAAUUCUAUCUCAUUGCUAUCUAAUUCUCUUUUUAUUCAAAUGUUAAAUGAUAAAUUCAGAAGUUUUUAUAGGUGAGUAACAGAAAACUUUAGAAGUUGUUAGGGUUAAUUUUAAUAUCAUAUGAAAAAAAAAUAUAAAAAAUAAUAUAUUGAACAUUGUUAUUCAUAAUUCAAAUAUAUUUUUUCUUUUGUUAUUAGAUUGAACAUUAUAGAUGUGAUAGAAAUGGACUUAUGAAGUCAAGAUUAGAAUCAAUUACAAAAAGUAAUUACAUAAUUAAUAUAUUGUACUUUAUAGUUUUAUAUUAAUACUUAAUUAAGAAACGAGUAAUGAUGUAAUAAUAAUAAUAAUAAUAAUGUAUUUGUAAUACAAUGAACAGAUUUCCAAGUAAAUGAACUGUAAUUAAGAAAAACAUAAAAUUAUACUGUACUAAAACAUUUUUUAUUGUUAUAAAAAAUUAAAAUUCAUCUUGCAAAAAAUCAAUGUAUAUAAAUUUUUGUACAUGGUAAUUAUAUAAUUCAUGCAAAUCAUUUUUACUGUAUUAUAGAAGCAGUGCUUAUCAAAAAUUGAAUAAAGUAUGUUAUAUACUUAAAAGUCUAUAGAAUGAAUAUUAACCAAGAUUUAAAUUUGAUAGUUCUCUAUAUUAAUCUUGUUACUGUAGACAAGUAGGUAUAAACAGUAGAUACAAAGUUGAAAAAUUACCGAAUUAAUUUUGAUUUAGUUCAUAAUUAGUUUACUUGUCUUAAAAUCCUCUGUGUUAUACAUACAUAUAUAAUUUUUGCAAUCUUACAAAUGUUCUAUCUCUUUUUAUACAUAUAUGUUUUACUAUUAAGUUGUUUGUUAUCUUUUAUAUACAUUAUAAAAUAAAAUUAUGUUUCUUAACGUGA